CUUUAUGAUGUCAUCAUGGGUUGUGGUGCAUCCGUGGAUAUUGAGAACCAUGAAAGGCCUUCAGAAAUGGAGGUUUUGGUGAAACGGCACAACCCAGCACUGACUCUAAAAGCGGCCGUACUGAUCCAGCGCUGGUACAGACGCUACAUCGCACGGCUUGAAAUAAGGAGACGGUACACUUGGAACAUCUUCCAGUCCAUAGAGUACGCAGGGGAGCAGGACCAGCUACAGCUCUCCAGUUUCUUCAGCUUCAUGCUGGAUAACUUCACACAGCUCAACGGAAAUGGACCAGAUCUGAUCUGUCAUUUGUUAGACUCAGCAGUAGACCCGACGACGGAAGAGAACAGACAGUGUAAGUACGAGCAGAUCGUGGUGCCCGACUCGUACAUCGGACCCCGUGUCUCCUUCCCCCUGAGCGUCACCGAUUCCAACGCCCUUCUCAAUGCCUUCAAGGAACAUCAGAUUCUCCAUGCCAAGUACGUCUUGCAGUUACUCCACGAGACGCAGAAAUUCCUAAAACAGAUGCCAAACGUCAUUCACCUGUCGUCAUCCUACGCCAGAGAGAUCACCAUCUGCGGUGAUCUGCAUGGAAGACUAGACGAUUUGCUCCUCAUAUUUUACAAGAACGGCCUGCCCUCCGCUGAGAACCCCUACAUCUUUAACGGAGACUUUGUGGACAGAGGAAAGAAGUCCGUGGAGAUAAUCAUCAUCCUGUUCGCCUUCCUGCUCAUCUAUCCGGAUCACAUGCAUUUGAACCGAGGCAACCAUGAGGAUCACAUCAUGAAUCUGAGAUACGGCUUCACAAAAGAGGUCAUGCAGAAGUACAAGCAACAUGGGAGAGAAAUUCUUCAUCUCUUGCAAGACGUGUUCAGCCUCCUUCCGAUCGCCACAGUUAUCGACAACAAAGUGCUCAUCGUUCAUGGCGGCAUCUCGGACGAGACGGAUCUGGACUUUCUGAGCUCUGUUGAUAGACACAAGGUAAAGUCAGCAUUGCGGCUACCCAGACACAGCCUGGAUCACGCGCAAGUCAUCAGCAGCAGCAGUCCCAGGACGAAGCAAAAGGCCAAGUAUCGGCUCGUCAAACAGAGCAGCAGCUCCUCUUCCUCAUCGUCGUCCUCGUCAUCUUCCUCCGUCUGCUCGCCCCGUGAUUCUCGCCAUGCCCCCACCUCUCCCAGACUCCCCAGCCCUGCUGACGUCCUGCAGGUUCCCUUCCUAGACUCCUUGCUGUCCCUCACGUUGCCCGAACCACCCAGAGAGGAGCUGGAAUGGAGGCAGAUUGUAGACGUGCUCUGGAGUGACCCGAAAAGCCAGAGCGGAUGCAGUCCCAACACGUUCCGUGGCGGAGGCUGCUACUUCGGGCCAGAUGUCACACAGCGACUGCUGGAGAAGCACGGCAUGCAGCUCCUCAUCAGAUCACAUGAGUGCAAGCAGGAAGGCUACGAGCUGUGUCACGACGGACAGGUAAUUACAAUUUUCUCUGCUUCAAACUACUACGAGGAGGGCAGUAAUCGCGGCGCGUACAUUAAGCUGGGUCCAAAACUGAUCCCACGCUUCUUCCAGUACCAAGUUAGCCGCAGCACCAGGAAGCUCACGCUACAACAGAGAGUUAGCGUGGCUGAAGGAUCAGCUCUGAAGGCUCUAAAGGAAAAGCUGUUCACCCAUCGCUCUGAGCUCAUGGCUGCAUUUCAGCAAUACGACACCAGCGACACAGGAAGAAUCUCUAUUAAUGAGUGGGCACAGGUGGUAGAGUCAGUGCUAAGGUUGGAUCUUCCGUGGCGGACUUUAAGGCCACGGCUCGUGCGCCUGGACUUGGAUGGACACGUGGAAUACGAGUCCUGCUUCGAAAAUAUCGGUCCAGGACAGCCGAUGCCACAGGUGGCGCCAAACUUGGCAGAAACCCUGUACCGGUACAGAAGGGACCUGGAGAUCAUCUUCAACAUCAUUGACAAAGACCAUUCAGGUCAGAUCUCCAUCGAGGAGUUCCGACAGACCUGGAAGCUCUUCAGCUCUCAUCUGGGUGUGGACGUGGACGACCAGGCCAUAGACGACAUGGCACGCAGCAUAGACUUCAACAAAGACGGCAGUAUCGACUUUAACGAGUUCCUCGAGGCGUUCCGGGUCGUUCACAAGCUGGACAUGAAGGAGCAGCACGGCUAACAAGCCAAGAACUGAACGCCGUCGGAAGUGUUUUAAUUAUUUUUAUUAUCUAAGUAGGCACUUGUGUCGUCCGGUAACUACUGGGGUGCAGUGUGAUUGACCAAAUGUGUUACAGCUAGGUCAGGAAAGCUAGGGACAGCAAUACACCAAUGAUGAUCACUUGUACUUUAAUUUAUACGAAUGUUUAAUACAUUUACAUCUAACAUAAAA